AUGAUUACAUUUUGUCAAAUCCUAUCAAAUUUUACUCGUAAUCGAUGUUAUUUAGUUGAAAAUUCGAAUACAUGUCGAUGUGUUGGUGAUGUUAUUAAUCCAAUGUCGCCAACGGUUGUUGUUAGUACAGCACCUGACAUAAUGUCAAGUGAAGUAAUUUUAAUAUUUUUUGUUUUGGCUAUAUGGCUUUCAGCAAUUGGAUUUUGUCUUAAUCAAUAUAAAUCACUUCGUCGUCUUGAAACACAAGUACAUUAUUGUGUUAGUCGUAAAGAUCCAUUAAAUAUUGGUGAUAUUAAAAUCGUUACACGUGAACAAGAUUCAAUCAUAUAUAAAAAGAAACGUUAUUCAACAUUAAUUGAUACACAUAUUAACCAUAAGGAUUUAAAAAGUGUACAAUAUGUACAACAGUAUCUACCAAAAAAUCCCAUGACAACAAUCCCAUCAAUAUUAUCUACAGUUGGUAUUGAUCAUGAUGAUCUUUCAGAUAAUAUUCCAUUGUCAACAGUAGUUGGACUUAGUCCAGUAACAAAUAUUCCAUUAAGUACAUAUCAAGAAAUAAAUGAAUAUCAACCAGCAUUAUCAUAUUUUACAACUGAUACAGAAUCGAAUAAAGGUAUUGAAAAAAUUUCAUAUAUAAAUCGAAAAGGAAGUACGCAAUAUUCAAUAGGUCUAACUAUUCCACGUAUUUUUACUCCAAGUAGUUUACCUUUAUCAUGGCAUGAUUCAAAUUCAUGUGCAACAAGUUGUUCAGCACAACAUUUAUGUGUUCCACCAAAUAGUCAACGAUCUACUCGUCAUUCUGAUGGUAAUAUAUCAUUACCAGUACCACAAAUAAGUGAAAACUAUACAGAAAAUUUCAAUGAACAAUUACUUGAUCCUCGUCUUAUAUCUGAAACAGUUCGUCGAAGUUUAUUAGCAUUACAUCGUGAAAGUCAAGAAAAUGUAAAUCUAUCGAGAAAAAGAGGAAAAACAAGAUCAGAAAAUGAUGUAAAUGGAUCAUUUUCAGCAUGGAAAAUUAAAAUGAAAUCAAAAUUGAAACGUACACAUCAUCAACCACAACAACAAGAAACACGUUCACAUUCAAAUACACUUUUAAUUUCAUCUCUAGAACAUGAUUGUAAUGAUCAAGAUCAAUAUUUAUUAGAAGAUUUUAACACAAGUAAUGAAUCUCCACAUUCAAUACAAUCAUCCGAACAUUAUUCAACAUCCGUAACUCCAUCAGCUCGACGAACUUUAAUACAUUAUCCAAAAUAUUCAACAAAAAGUACAAGCGAAAGUGAAACAACACAAGGAGAAUUACCAGUAACAACAAGUAUUUAUGUAUCAACAGAUGAUGAGGAAUCAGCUGAAACACUUAUUGACACCACUGGAAGAUCAACAUGA